AUGAUAUCACUAUUAGAGGACUCUUACACACUAGCAUUGCUGUGGUUCCUGAUGAUGGAGCAACGUUUUGCGGGAAAUGUGCGUCUACGCGAAUGCUAUACACAGUUCAUGGAAGAUUACGAACAGUUAGGACAUAUCGAGGAAUGUCCACGUAUUAUAGGUCCGCAGUUUUUUCUCCCCCACCAUGCCAUUCUUCAUCCCGAGAGUAGCACGAUAAAAAUUCGCGUCGUCUUUGAUGGUAGCAGUAAGGGAGCCAGCAAGCUUUCGUUGAAUGAUAUUCUCCACAGUGGGCAUACAGUGCAACCUCCUCUGCUGACUACUGUGAUCAAUUUUCAGAUGCCUCUAUUUGUAAUCACGACAGACGCAGAAAAAAUGUUCAGUCAGGUCUGGGUGCAUCAAGAAGACCGCAAGUUCCAACAAAUUAUUAGGCGAAUAGAUCCGUCGGGACUACUGAAGUGUUAUCAACUGAAAACCUAA